AUGGCUGAGAACAAAAGAAAAAUGGCUCUCGAAGCCGAGAUAACUAACAUGGCUGACAAAGCCACAUAUGGUGAAAUUUAUAAUACAGGACCUGGGGAGUACUUUAAACCAAAAACCCCUUACGAACAGGUUCCUAUGGAGCUAACAAAACAGAGGUUAGAUGCCAUCUAUGACGAAGAGCCUCUGGGAUCCGAAAAAGAUCCAGUGACGUCGAGUGCGAAGAUGUUAGUGCAAGAUCCCCUUGAAGAAAUUGAUCUUGGAGAUGGGAGCACAAAGAGAAUCACCUACAUCAGCACUAAAUUGGACCCCAAGUUGAAAGUAAGAGUAAUUGGACUGCUAAGAGAAAACAAAGACUGCUUUUCUAAGGACUACGACGAGAUGCCUGGUUUGAAGAGGGAACUGGUCGAAUUGAAACUGCCUAUCAAGGAUGGCAAGAAGCCCAUCAAGCAGACUCCAAGGAGAUUCGCACCAGAGAUCCUCUCAAAGAUCAAAAAAGAGGUUGAAAGACUUCUUCGAUGCAAUUUCAUCAGGACCACAAGGUAUGUCGAAUGGAUUGCAAAUAUAGUUCAUGUGAUUAAGAAAAAUGGCCCUUUAAGAGUAUGUAUAGAUUUUCGUGAUCUAAAUGCAGCAACUCUUAAAGAUGAGCAUCCAAUGCAUGUGGCAGAGAUGCUAGUUGACUCAGUUGCAGGCCAUGAAUACCUUAGCAUGCUUGAUGGAUAUUCUGGCUAUAACCAGAUUUUCAUUGCUGAAGAGGAUGCUGGAGAUUUUCUGGGCUUUGUGGUCCAUAAAAAGGGGAUAAAAAUCAAUCAGAAUAAGACGAAGGCUAUUAUGGAGACAAAAGCACCAUCAACUAAGAAAGAAUUGCAAUCAUUAUUAGGAAAGAUAAACUUCCUGAGAAGAUUAAUCUCAAAUUUAAGUGGUCGAACUCAAGCCUUCUCUCCCCUCCUACGCCUGAAACAAGGGAAGUUCGAAUGGAAUGAUGAACAUCAAAAGGCAUUCGAUAAGAUCAAGCAUUAUCUGACGAAUCCUCCUAUCUUGGCACCACCAUGUGGAAAGAAGCCUAUGAGACUGUAUAUAUCAGCUUCCGACACUACUAUAGGUAGCAUGUUGGCACAAGAGAAUGAAGAUGGCGUCGAAAGAGACAUUUAUUAUCUUAGUAGGGUUUUAAAUGACGAAGAAACUAGAUACACUUCAAUAGAAAAGUUGUGUCUUUUUUUGCAUUUCUCUUGUACUAAACUCAAGUAUUAUAUAAAACCUAUUGAUUUGUACGUCUCUUCACACGUUGAUGUCAUUAAGUAUAUGUUAUCAAAGCCAAUAAUGCACAGUCGAAUUGGCAAAUGGGCAUUAGCCCUCAUUGAAUACUCUUUAGCCUUUAUGCCUUUAAGGGCAAUGAAGGGACAAAUAGUAUCAGACUUUAUUGUAGACCAUGCAGUGGUCGAAAGUCCUCAACUUCAAGUUGAGUUAAAACCUUGGAGAUUAUUCUUCGACGGUUCCACCCAUAAGGAUGGAAGUGGAGUUGGGAUCAUGAUAAUUUCUCCUGCUGGAAUUCCAACGAAACUCAAAUAUAGAAGCGAAGACAUAAAACAUGUCCCUAGAAUAAAAAACCAAGAAGCUAAUGACUUAGCACAAAUAGCUUCAGGGAAUAGAAUUUCAAAAGAUAAGCUGGAGGAACUUGUCGAAGUAAGAGGAAAAGCAAUGGCUGCCAGAUUGUCUCCGGCAGAUUUGGAAAGCACUCAGUUAGGAUAUGCUAACAAAGAAGAGUUUGAAGUACUGGCCAUUGAUACCUCAAUGGAUACAGAUUGGAGGAAUCCAAUUAUUAAUUAUCUCAAGGACCCUUCAAUAGACACAGGAAGAAAAACCAAGUACAGGGCUUUAUCUUAUGUUUUGAUGGGGAAUGAAAUAUUCAAGAAAACCCCUGAAGGGAUCCUGUUGAAAUGUUUAGGAGAAAAAGAGGCGUACUUAGCAUUAUCUAGUGUACAUAGUGGAGCCUGUGGAGCACACCAGGCAGGCGAUAAGAUGAAAUGGUUUCUUUUCAGAUAUGGAAUGUAUUGGCCCGCCAUGUUAAAAGAUUGCAUAGAGUUUGCUAAGGGUUGCCAAGAAUGUCAAGUACAUGCAGGAAUUCAACAUGCUCCUGCAAGGAAGAAGCCAAAAAAUUGGCACAAAACUUUAGAUCAAGCACUUUGGGCUUGCCGAACCUCCCUUAAAGAAGCUACUAACACUACACCUUUCCAACUUGCAUUUGGACAUGAUGCAGUAUUACCUGUCGAAAUCUACUUGCAAUCAGUGAGAAUCCAAAGAAAAGGAGAAAUUCCUUCUGACCUAUAUUGGGAAAUGAUGAUGAAUGAACUGGUUGAUUUGGACGAAGAAAGAUUACAUGCAUUAGAAGUAUUAAGAAGACAGAAGGAGAGGGUAGCAAGAGCAUACAAUAAGAGGGUCAAAGGUAAAACUUUCAUUAUGAAUGAUUUAGUUUGGAAAGUUAUAUUACCUAUGGAUCGAAAGAAAAAAACAUUAGGAAAAUGGUCUCCACAUUGGGAAGGACUUUUUCGAAUUUUAAAAGCAUUUUCAAAUAAUGCAUACGAAAUAGAAGAACUAGCAGAGGAUCGAAGAAUCCUAAAAGUAAAUGGGAAAUACUUAAAAAAGUAUAAACCAUUUAUGCAUGAAGUUAAAAUCAUAACAACGUAG